GUAAAAAAUCCGAAAUUUGACAUCUCAAAGUUUAAGGGCAAUGAUGAAGAUGUUGAAUUUUACACAGGUCUUCCACACUGGGAUGCACUUAUGCUUCUUUAUGAUAUGGUCAAUCAGAAAGCACAGAACCUGAACUAUGGCAGUUAUGAAAAGAAAGGAAUUGGCUCGAGCAAAAGCUAGGUAGACCUAGAGCACUUACAUUAUUUGAAGAGUUUGUGUUGACUCUGAUGAGACUUAGGCUUGGCUUGUUACAAAAGGAUCUUGCCCACAGAUUCAAUGUUUCUGAAACUACUGUGUCU